UCUGUGCCGCGACAAUGUAAGGUUUAGAGAGAAAACUUGUGUACCAACACCAGUAGCCUCCCUUUACCCUUUCCACUAGAGGGCACUGCUUGAUAGCGUGCACAGCAACGGGACCUCGAACUUGUCAAGAGUAGUGUUUCCACCAAAAAGGACCUGUCAAACAGAUAAAACAACUGGAAUUUAAUGGAGGAGCAGUUAUAACAAUGGUUUCACCAAUUGUCUGUGCCUGUGUAUUCGCAACUAUUCAUGUUGUUGGUGGCAGUUUAUCCGACUCUCUGAGCUACUAUGAAGUGAUUGACCACAUCAACAUUUUCUCAAGGUCCAGACGAAGUGUUGAUGAUGUGGAAGAGGGUUUAACAAGAGAAUUUAUCUUCCAUGCUUUCAACAGAACGUUCACAUGUCACCUUCGUCCCCGUACUGAGAUAUUUUCUCCCGGGUUUAAGAUCACCGUUAUACAUGGAGACAAUAGCAAGGAAACUGUUGGUCUUCAAGAAGGGAACUUCUAUACCGGAAACGUUGUUGGUGUGGAAGAUUCCGAAGUGCAUGGCUACUUUGAAGGAGAAAUGUUCACAGGGACUGUGUUCAUAGAGGGACAGCUGUUUGUCAUAGAGCCCCUAUGGCGUCAUGUUGAUGAUGCAAUCAAACUGAACUACAAGGGCAGGAUGGUUGUGUACAGAGGCUCUGACAUUAGACUCGACUUCAACCAACAUAAGGCAGGGAAAAGUGGGACAUUUUGUGGGUCGGUCCAUGCAGAGGAUGAGGUUGACUCUGGGGAUGCUCAGGAACCACCUACAUCACAUAAAGGAUUUGCUGCCCGUAGUAAGAGAUCCACUCCAAGCUGGAACACUUGUCGGCUGGUAGCUGUUGCGGACUACAGGUUCUACCAGACCAUGGGGGGCCGAGACAUUUAUACCACAGCAUCUUACAUGGCUGGUGUGAUAGAGAGAGUAGACGCUCUAUACAAGAGAACAGUGUGGAACAGUGCUGGGCUCACAGGCCUUGGAUUUGAGAUUGCUUUGAUGCAGAUCCAUGUGAGCCCCACUACUGUGGUCGGUGAUGCUGUGCACUACAACAUGGCCGGGUCGAGUUGGGACACACUCCAGCUACUCCGGGUCUUCGGCCGAGACCUGGACUUCAAGGAUUAUUGUUUGGCCCACUUGUUCACACACCAGUCAUUUGCCAACAACGUACUCGGACUUGCUUACAUUGCCUCACCCAAAACAGGCAGUGUUGGAGGAAUCUGCUCCGGAGUUCGCUCAAUCGAUGGUGUUCCCACAAGCCUGAAUACAGCACUCAGCAGUACCAAGAACCAGAAAGGGAAUGUUGUUCUGGCUCAAAUGGCAGACCUUGUCACGGCUCACGAACUUGGACACAACUGGGGCAGUGAGCAUGAUGGAAGCGAAUGUUCUCCAUCCUCCAUAAUAGGUGAUGGCAAGUACCUCAUGUACCAAUACUCCGUCAGCGGGGUCGACCCCAACAAUUAUCAAUUUUCGCCAUGCAGCAAGGUUCUGAUCAACAGUGUUCUGCAGUCAAAAGGCAUUGCUUGUUUCAAAGAGAGGACAACCCAACUGUCAUGUGGUAACGGUCUUGUCGAGAGUGAACUCGGGGAGCAGUGUGAUGCUGGAUACCUUGGGAGGUUUGGCCUUGACCCCUGCUGCAGUUCCACGUGCCAGUUUUUGGGAAGUGCAGUGUGCAGCCCUGUGAACCAUGAAUGCUGUGUCAACUGUCAAAUGGCUAGCUUAGGCCACGUCUGUGUGGCCGACACCAAUGUCACCUGUCUGGAUGCCAGCUACUGUGCUGGCAAUAGCUUUGACUGUCCUGCAGCAGAAAAGAAGCCAGACGAUACUCCCUGUCUUGAUGAAGGGAUGUGUAGAGACGGACAAUGCCUGCCAUUUUGUGAGGGAAGGGGACUCAUCUCCUGCAUCUGUGAUGGAGUGGAUACAUCCUGCUACAGAUGUUGUCGUGUGAAUGCUUCAUCUCUGUGUGAACGCUUUGACCCUGCCUCUCUGCUGCCAGAUGGGCGGCCCUGUGUACAGGGCUACUGCACCCAGGGGACAUGUAAACGCACAGUGCAGAAUACUAUUGAGAGAUUGUUCUCCAUCAUUGAAAACCUGUCUAUCAAUGAAAUCAUAAUAUUUUUUCGGGACAACUUGAUUGGUGCAGUGUUGAUCUCCAGUCUUCUGGUAUGGGUUCCCGUCUGUAUUGGCAUCCGUAUCAGGGAUUACCGGCACAAGAAAAGAUUUGUAGAUGAUAUGUACAGAGAAAUCAAGAAGGAUCGUGUGCUGCUGUAUGAUCAAGAUGGACGGAAAAAAACAAGGCCCAUUCUGAAAGACGGUAAAUCCGAUCUGCGUGAGCUUAAAGACUCCAACCGAAGAUUCUAAUGUCAGCACUUCACCUCAAGAUCGGCCUGAAAUUAUAUGUACUCUGUUGCAAUACAAUCUGUAUCUGGGUAGUAAGGUCACGAAAUGAUUCAUGAAAACAACAAAUGUCAUGUAAACAAGAUGACUACAUCAAUAAAGAACAUCUGGAAAAUAGGCCAAAACAUGUUUUGUAAAAUGGAGACCUGUACAAUAAUAGUAAAGUAAGGACUUACGCAUAUUCUAGUGUUGGGGGUACUGAGGUAUUUGAGGUAUUUCCUCUAGAGUUUGAAUCUAGGAACUCUUUUGGAUUUGGAAUUUGUUGCUUCAUUUUGAAAACUCCCUUUUGUAAGAAUAUUUUGUCACAAUCAGUCAAUUGUCCUCAUGCUAAUUAUGCUGAUAUUGUAUAAUUUCAAUGCAGAGUAUUGAGAUGAACCUCAUUCUCCAUGAGUCGGUACUCCCCAAAUCAGGAUUGGAGUGAAUGUCGUGGGAAUCGUACAGAUUGUAUUGCAAAUAAGCCUGUCCACAGUCUGAAACAGGGCACUUUCGACAGGUCUGGAAACUCUCAUGUACAUUUUUUCAUUCAUUUUUUUAUGUAUUGUGCACUCAACCAUGACCAUUGUUGACAGUAAGGAUAAGAUUUAUUGAUGAACAACUUCUUUAUUACAAUUUGGAGCAUUGUUUCGGUGUAGAUUCUAACACCGUUAUCAAGCAAGUGGUCCUUACUUAGUACUCCAACUUCUGAAUGCCUCUCAAAGAAGUCAUUUAUGGCAUUGUUACUAACAUUAUAGUACCAGUAUAUGUCUCAUGUUACAUGAAUUGUUUUGAUAAUUUGAUAUUUAUUUAUUUAUAGUUUAAUGCUGGUUCUUCAAACUGACCACAUUACACAGCCUUGAUGCUUUUACAUUCAGCUUCAUUUCAAUGUACCUUCUGAGCCCUGGUGGCAUGGUGCCCUGUUUGACAGAUUUCAGUGUUGUCUGAUAUUCUUUUUAUCCCCCCGGCAUAUAAUGCGGGGAGAUAUAGCGAUCAGCCAGUCUGUCUGUCCGUCCGUAAUCAUUUCCUUUUCCGGGGCAGAAUUCCAAAACCAUUCAGUGUAUUUGAUCGAAACU